AGCUCAACGCCUACUUGUCAAAUAGGAGUUUCUCCUUUCUACUGUCAAUUGAAUGUCUAUAUUGGACGACGUGGACUACAACUUGGAUUGACACAAGUAUAUACUGAGUUUUUCCGACCUAUAUAAUGGUUUGCUGUUACUCUUGAACAAGCUCUAACAAAAUAGUUGCUCAUUUAGGAAUGUCAUGCUCCUUUUCAACUACUAGUAACAUGCUAGCCAAGUUACUUCUUGAAAUAGUUGUAGUUAGCAACUAGUAGUUAGCAAGAUUAUGAUUUGGGAACACUAGCUAGCAAAACGUAGUUAACGUUUGCUAGCUUACGAGUUAGAGGACAGCACAAGCUAGUUUCUCACCCUAAAAAUUAGUUUUUAGUUCGUUAAAUAUACUUUUUUUUCGCUUGACACCAAGCAACUUGUUGGUGGUGGCUAACUCGUUAGCGCUUGGUUUUUAUAAAGCAGUUUUACAGCUUCUUAUGCUAGCUAGCUGACCUAGCUAACGUUAAAGACAUGGGGUUACACCCGUUGGAGUUUAGCGAAUGCUACCUGGACAGUCCCAUUUUCAGGGAGAAAAUAAAGGCACACGAGGCAGAGUUGGACAAAACCAACAGAUUUAUCAAGGAACUCUACAAGGAUGGAAAGAAUCUCAUCAAUGCCACAAAACAGCUUGUGUUGGCCCAGCGCAAGUUUGCCCAGUCCCUGGGAGAAUUCCAGUUUGAGUACAUCGGCGACGCGAAGACCGACGAUGAGAGGUGUAUUGAUGAAUCCUUGCAGGAGUUCUCCAACUUUCUUAAGAACCUGGAAGACCAAAGAGAGCUGAUGAUGAGGAAUAUUACAGAAACGCUAAUGAAACCACUGGAGAAGUUCAGAAAAGAGCAACUGGGCUCAGCCAAGGCAGAAAGGAAGAAGUAUGAGAAGGAAACUGAGAAGUACUACAGCUCCUUGGAAAAGCUUUUGAACAUGUCAGCAAAGAAGAAGGAACCGCAGCUACAGGAGGCGGACAGCCAGGUGGAGAGCAUUAGACAGCACUUCCAGGAGGAGUCUCUGGACUACGUGUGUAAACUGCAGGAGAUCCAGGAGAGGAAGAAGUUUGACUGUGUGGAGCCAAUGCUGGCGUUCUUUCAGACCGUGUUCACCUUCUACCACCAGGGAUUUGAGCUGGCCAAUGACUUUAACCACUACAAGAAAGCCUUACAGAUCAAUAUACAAAAUACACGGAGUCGGUUUGAGGGCACGCGGGUGGAGGUGUUUGAGCUGAUGAAGAGGAUAAGAGAGGUUCCCCAGGAGUACAGACAGACCAGCCCCAUCAGCAGCGAAGGAUACCUCUACGUCCAGGAGAAACGGCCCCCUCCUUUUGGUUCCAGUUGGGUGAAGCGUUACUGCACGUUUGUGAAGGAACAGAAAAUCCUACACAUGGUCACCUUUGAUCACAGGUCAGGAGGAAAGAUGGGCGAGACUGAGUCGGUCACCCUCAAGUCUUGCGUCCGCAAAACCACAGAUAUGCUGGACAGGCGGUUCUGUCUCGAUAUAGAAAUCACAGACCGACCGGGAACGGUCCUCACGGUCCAGUCGCUGUCGGAAGAUGACCACAAGUUCUGGAUUCACGCCAUGGGUGGGAAAGAACCAGCUGGGCAGUACUUGGGUAAAACGUAUUCAAAAGAACGUGGAAUCGAUGCACAGCUAGAUGACGUAGGAUUGUCAUUUGUGAAGAAUGCCAUCAACGCCAUUGAGACAAGAGGUAUCAAUGACCAGGGCCUAUACAGAGUGGUGGGGGUCAGCUCCAAAGUCCAGAAGCUCCUUAGCCUAAUGAUUGAUGAGAAGAGUAAUGAUGUGGAUCUGUCUACGUGUGAGGACUGGGAUGUGAAAACCAUCACCAGCACACUAAAGCUGUAUUUGAGGAGUCUUCCUGAGCCACUGAUGACCUAUGGACUCUACAAAGACUUUAUCGCCCCUGCAAAGGGUGGUAGUCCAGAGUCUCGUAGCCAAGCCAUCCACUGCCUGGUCCACAAGCUGCCUGAGAAGAACCGCCUGGUCCUGGGGCUACUGAUGAAACACCUGGCUACUGUGGCGGCCCACAGUAAGUUGAACCUGAUGACGGUGGCCAACCUGGGUGUGGUGUUUGGUCCCACCCUGAUGAGGCCCCAGGAGGAUACUGUGGCUGCCAUCAUGGACCUCAAGUUCCAGAACAUUGUGGUGGAGAUCCUCAUCGAGCAACACGAGAAGAUCUUUGGAGAUGUCCCAGGUGCGUCUUCCCCAGGGCUCUCCGCCCCCACCAGGCAGUCCAAGAAACUGUCUGUUCGACAGAACCGACCCCUUGCCGUCUAUAACCCAAAGACAGUGGACCUGCAGACAGUGUCACCAACAUCACCUGAUGUCGGUUCCAACUCGGAUGAGGCGUCGCUAGGCAGCAACGAGUCGGUGUCGUCCCAGUCGACUGCCUCGGGGACGCCUCCGGAGAAGGCCAACCAUGCUCCCCUUCUCGCCAGCCUCACCACAGGAGACAGCCCAGGGGCCUGCAUCACUGUAGCAGCCUCGUGGCUCAACUCUGGAGCCCUGACCAAAGCCAGUUCUGAUGGGGACAAGACAGUGGACGGUGUCACCGGUGGCGGCGGCAAGAGAGCUAUGGCGGUGUACCCGUGCGAGGCCGAGCACGAAUCUGAGUUAUCCUUCCAGGUCGGAGCAAUAUUCAGCGCCGUGGCACCUUCCAGGGAACCUGGCUGGCUGGAAGGAGAGCUGGAGGGGAAGAAAGGCCUCAUCCCUGAAAACUAUGUGGAGAUGCUGUAGUCCAGAACCUUAGACCUCUUAGCCUGUAUACUUUCAGUGGAAGACUAGCCUUGUCCCAGAGCUGUUUGUACUGUAUACUUUUAUAUGGUCAUAGUCAUUACCAAAACAUUGUUGGGAAGAACGCACAAACAGAUCUUGGACCAGGCUAGUGGAAGAGGGGUCUCGUCAUCCCUGACAAUCUCCAUCUAGAUGCUGUAUGCCAAACCCAACGGUCGCCUGGCCUGCCACCAUCUAUGGCUGUAUCUCGCCCAACAGUCACCUUAUACAUGGUAUCCAUGAAGUCGAUGUUGACACACUCCCAUUCUCAAAUUCAUACUUUUUCUUAUGCCUUCAAAUCUCACGUUCCCUGCCCGGCGACUACUAUGCGUUCAUCAACACGUUCAUUCAUUUUAAUGCAGAAUAAUAAUUAUUCCCCAGCAAUGAUGUACAAUCCAUUAUCUUGGAAAUAGGAAAGAAAGUAACAUUUUUAAGGUGCCUUACAACACCAAGACAGAGUUGACAUGCAUUUACUGAACGGGUAUGUUUGGAAAAUGCUAAAGAGUUGUGUUCCGUGAAGAAUGUCUGGAAUACUCUUCAAGAGGUGCUUUGGGAUAUUGUGAUUUAUUUAAUUGGCACAUUGAUUGCAUAUUUUAUAUUUUUUUAAACCACAAUAUUAGCUCUUUUUUUUUUUUUUUUUUUUUUCAAAGUAUGGUAUCCACCGUUGUGACUGAUUGUACACUGACAUGCCGUAGAGGCAGUCAUAUUGGAAUGGGUCUCCUUCGAUCAAACCAUAGAAAUAUAAUUACUAGAACGGUUCUUGUAUUUCUAUGGUUCAGACACUCUUCCUCUGCAUACUUGUUGACCUAGACAUUCAAUGAUGUCCGAACUUAGUCUAGUUAUCGGGUUGUUUCCACUUCAAAAAGCACUAGGAGGAUUUUGACACCCACCAUCUCAGAUUGUGCUGAAAUCGUUUCUGUAGUUACAAACAGAUAAGAUUAGCAUUCCUGAAACAUUAUUUUGUUGAAAUGUAAUUUGAUCUCUAAGAAUUUAAGCUAAUUGAUUGCACCCAAAUUGGCCAUUUAAAAUGAUAGGAUUUAAAUAAUCUUCAAUAAAUAUAGUAACAUUUGACCAUAAUUCUUCCUACCAAUGAGUAAGACAUGAGGAAUCCAAUAGCCACCCACAUACUCCUCAUCAAUUGCACCCCACAACCAGUAUACAGUAUCGGUUUUCUGUCUAGCAAGUAGUAUGGAGCUGCGGCUUGGAGUAUUGCUUCUUCAUCCUAUGUAAUGUAUUUCCUGUGAAUCUGGUGUUUGUUCCCCCCCGUUCAGAGAUUAGCCAUUUGAAGUUGCUGGCAUUACCAUAAAUUAGUGAGUACCAGGUUUUACCUACUAUAUGCCGCUGUUCCUGCUACUGCCACACCCUUUUAUCCAUUUUGCUGGUCUCUGUGUUUAUUACAUGGGUCACACCUUUUGAGACCCAUGUUAUAAACAUGGGUUAAAAAAUUGCCAUGCAAUUUACUUUGCAAUUUUGGGUAGAAAAACCAAUAGCUUUUGCUCAUGAUGAAACUAAAUUGUGGCCAUCCUCAUAAUUCAAGCCAGGCUUAAUCUGUGUUCAGGAAACAGCCCCUCUGUGUGGUUUAUUCCCUUUAAAAAAGGUCUGGGUUAGUUUGACCAUUCCUGGUGAAUAAACAAACCAUUAGGCUACAGCAGUUCUAAUGGUUUCAGUGUUAUGCUCUUCAAUGGGAAAAGUCCCAAACACACACUGUAUAGUAUCUUGCAAUGGUGUUGGGUUUAAUGGUACAAGUUGCUAAUCACACAACAUAUAUUUUCAAAUAAUUGUAUUAAACAUAUGACUGCCAUGCAAUAGUUUAUAAUUUUGUUAGGCUUUUUGUCACAUUUUAGUCACUAGCCCAUUUCUUCAGAGUUUUGGGCUUGUAGGAAAAGUUUUCAUGAGAAUUGCACCUUAGGUGGUGUUGCCCACUCAGAGCUGCCAUUUGUUGGGUUGAAUCAUUAGGCUGCUAAGACAGAGAAACUGAAUUGCUUUCAUGGAGGACUGUCUUGACUUGUGAGGAUUCCCACACAAUUUAUUUUCAUGAGCAAAAGCUAUUGGUUUUCUACCCAAAGUUGCAAAGAAAAUGUUGUGAUCUGUUUAAUAAACACGAGACCAGCAACAUUUACAAAGGGGUGUGUCAGUAGGAACGGCAACAUCAAGUUGACAACCUGGUACUUUCAGACUAAUAUUUGGUAAAUAAUACAAGUGAUUUCAAAUGGCAAAUUUCUCUGAACGGGGGAAAAGAAACACCUGAUUCAGAGGGAAUACAUUACAUAGAAUGAAGAAGCAAUACUCCAAGCCGCAGCUCCAUACUACUUGUUAGACAGAACUGAUGCUGUAUACUGACCAUUGGUGUGGGGGGGUCCUUCGGUGGCUUUUGCUCAUUUUAUUGGAUUCCUCAUGUCUUGCUCAAUGAUAGGAUAACCUUCGGUCCAAAUAAGAUGUUGGGUACUAUAUUUAUUGAUUAUUAUGUGAAUCCUGUAAAUUAGAAGGGCCAAUUUGGGUGCAAUCAAUUAGCUUAAUUUCUCAGAGGUCAAGAAAAUGUUCGCAGGAAUGCUAAUCUUAUGUUUCAAAAUACAGAAAUGGCUUGCUGAAAUGGCAUGAGUAUCUAAAGUUCUAAUCAAUUCUUUAGGUGUGACAAUGUUCAACUCAAUGCAGCAAUGAUGUAUGGGAAUGUGCAAAACAAAGUGGGGUUUUAUCAAUCCAUAUUUGACAUUGUUCAAAAUCUUUCUGAACAGAAUUUACGAAAAUUAGAUGACGUUCCAUCUACUUUUUAUUUUGUGCCAAAUUGACUGACGACAAUAUUUUAUUAUUAUUACCACAAUCACAAAUGCAGUAUUUUCCCAAUUGUAUUGUCUAUGGCUGUGUAUAUAGUUAUUUUAAAAGGCCACACAAAAUGCCAAGUAUAUUCUAUUCCAGAACCCUCUUUUUUUAGUGGUCAACAGAAUUAGUUUUUAGUGGUUUCAUUUGGAGUGGUUUUUACAAUUGUAAGUGUACUAAACCCAUCACAAUACUUUUAUUCUAUUGCCGUUCAACAAAGCCGGUUUCAUUUUUCUAAGAGCUUUUGUUCUCUCAUUUUGCAUUGCAAUUGCAGUAAUUUAAGACAGUGAUUCAUGACAUUUCUAAAGGUCGUGGCAUCCAUUUCAAUUUUGUAACAUUGGAUGUCCUCUUGAUCAAUGUUAAAUAAAUAAAGACAUUUUUAUUCUUUA